GAAAUAGUGGAACAGAUUGACUAAACUACCACUCAUUGAAUUUUGUCAGAUAUCCGGAUUCGUACUCGGACAACAGGAAGCGAGGGCAGAGAAACCAGUUGAUUGGCGCCAGUUAUUUGAAAUUAGAAGUAUAUGGAGUAGUCGUAUUGAGUAUUGAAGACCGCCGUAGCCGAAUAUUUUGUUACCCCAAGGCCACGUUUUGUUUUUGGUGAUGCUCAGCCAGAAAAAGCCCCAUAAAGAAGGAACUAAGAGUGAAAAGCUCAUUCAUGAAGAAAAUGUACGGACACUUAAGUUCUAUCGCUAUCUGUUUCUUUCCUGUUAUAUAGUUUAUUUCGUUAUCACUUUAACAUUUUUCUGGUCAACCUAUACAAAACGUUACAUAACGUUAUCACUAGGCUGCUUCGGUGCUUGUUUAGCUGCCUAUAAAUUUAUGUCCUACAUGGCUUCACCAUCUUACGCUGUCAACGAAAGGGGAACUCGUCAAUUGGUGGAUGCUGGCCUAGAUUUAAAUAUAGGAUCCGGCGGACUCGGAGAACAAGCUAAAGAUGCAAUAAUCAUGUGCAGUUUAGUCACUAUAUUAAGCUUAAUUCAUCAAUAUUUCUGGUUCCUCCUAUUGAUUAUUCCUAUUCGGUUAUUCUACGUUCUUUGGGUGAAUAUUUUGGCACCGUGGAUAUUUGAUCCAAAUCAAGAAACUCAGGUUAAUGAAAAGAAACAAAAGAAAAUGGAACGAAAAAUGAGGCGAGUUGGUCAUCUGAUGCAUGGUACAGAUAGAGCUGUCGGCCGAGCUAAUUAGAUAACUUAGUGUUAUGAUGAGCGAUGGUUAUCAUUCUGAGUAUUGUAUUUUAUUCUAUGGAUAUUUCUAUCCCCUAUGUCACAUUAUUCUUACACGAUAUUCUUUCUUUGUUCUUUUUAGUACGUAAUAAUAUCUGUACAGUAAUUUAUAUGAUGUACAGUUUCUGAAAUGACUAAUUUGUUUCUUAUUGAUAUUAUUGCUAGUAUUGUUUUACUUAUUCUCAAAUAUGCACAGUCGUAAAUAAUUCUUUCAUCAUUUUCUUUUUUUUAUCGUUUGACUUAAACAAUAUUGUGAAUGUGUUUUAUUGAUCAAAAAAGAGGAAAA